AUGGCAUUAUCAAAUAAAUAGUUAAGGGUAAUUUAAUUGAUCUUACCUAAAUCUUUUGUUUCUUUUAAAAAUUCUGAUAAAUUAUUGGUAAUUCAAACUGGAUAAACGUAAUUUCCUAGUUUUUUCAUUAAUUUAAAAUUAUUUGACCGAGAUAAUCCAAUUUAAUACUUUCCAAGAAAAAAAAUACAUCAUGAGUUAAUUAAUUAUAAUAGCAAUAUUUAGCUAAUAUGCUUAUCUUAUAUAAAAUUUCAAAGAAAUCUUCCAAUAUAAAUAACAUAGAUAUUGGAAAAUGAUAAUAAAUAAAUAGCUGUCGAUUAUUAAACUAUAGAAUUUACAUCAAGUUUGAAUUUAAAUGGAAUCCCUUUUAAUUAUAAAUAUCUUUUUCUACAUAAGUUCUAAAAAGAUUAAUUGCUUUUAGUAAGAAUUGAAGAAAAUACUAUUAUUCAAUUUGUAUUUUACGAUAAUGGUAACCCUGUAAAAACACUGAAAUUUGUGUUACUUGUUAAUUUGAUUGACAUUUUUAUAAAUAGAUAAGAGAUUGUAAUAACAAUAGUAUAUGAAAAGGCUAUUGAAAUUUAUAAAAUAAAAUUUGGUGGCAUACAAAAAAAACUGUAUUAAACGAAAAUGAAGAUAAUUGCGACUAUGUAAUUAAAUUAUUUCGUAUUUUAUUUAUUUGAAAAUUGUAAUAAGGUUGCAAUUAAAUUGAUAUCAAAUAAUAUAGACUUUGAAAAUUCAAAAUACAUAUUUGAUUGUAAAAGUUCUCUCUAAUUUAUAAAAGAAGAUGUGUACAUAGACAGUAAGUCUAUAAAAUUAAAAUAUAGGUCGUCUUUUUAUGUUCAAAAAUUAACUUUAAAAGAGCUGGUAAUUGAAGUAAGAAAUGUACUAAGUGAUCAUUUUUUGCUGUUCACUUGUUAUAACAAUAAUUAAUAUGUUAAAUUAUAUCAAGUUAAUUUGGAUGAUGUAUUCUUACUUUACACUCUACCUACAUAUAAUUAUUCUAUCGAAUUCCCAUUUUAAUAUCGAAUUUAGAGGUCAAUUUUAAUGAUUAAAGCUAGAAAUUCUAAUUAAGCUUUCUUUAUUUUGAGUUAUGAUGUCUAAUAUACAGCAGUUAAAUGCUUAAUUUAAAUUACAUAAAUUGAUAAGGAAGAAAGAUUUCCAUUUGAUUUUGCUAAUGAGCACGAAUACUAUUUUUAUUUUUAGAAAAAACUUUAAAUCCAACCUUUGUAUCAACCAUGCUUUUACUUCAAAUCAGUUUAAGAUAGUUUAGACUUUAUUUAAGAUAAACCUCUAAAAAUAGCUACUUACUCACAAAUUAGCAAUUAAUAUGUGGAUCUAGAAUUUCAUCUUAUUAUUAUUAACAAGAAUUAUACAUUAUAAUAUAUAAACUGUAGUAAGGAAAUAUUGACAGGGAAUAUGGUUAACAUUGAUAAUAUUUUUGGAAAUAUUGAGGGAGUUGAGAUUAUUGGAACGGAUAAUAUUUAAGUAAAUUUGCCAAUUACGUUUAACAAUGUUUCAAAGGUAUGUGAUUAUUAUGGAUAUGGUAUUUGUGUUAAUAGGUCAUCCAUUAUAAAAAAAAUCUUUGAUUAAAACACAUCUAUAUCACACUCUGAAUAUACAGAAUCUACCAUAAUCUAUGUCGGAUUUAAUCCAGAUGAUUGCAUUCAUGCGAUUUACAUAAAGGAUAACGAUUCACUAAUAUUGAAUCAAUUUAAUUUUUGCAAUUAGAAUUAAUCGUUACUUUAGAAUUUCAAAGUCUUAAGUAACAUUGGCAGUAAUAUUUCAAUUUAUUUUAGUAUUCAAGAAUUUCAGAUAAAUUUAAGAUUUACAGAUAGCUGAUCAAAACUUAAAUUAUUUAUAAUUGAGAUUCAAGAAUAAACCAUUGCUUGAUAAUGAACUCUAUAAAUAAUUAGAAUUGGUUCCCUUUGAUUUUUUUGAUGCCAUCAAGAUUAAUAAUUCCACUUACUUAAUUUUAAAUUUACAAUAUAUGUAGUUUAAACUUAGUCUAAGAAAUUUUACAAUAAUAGGAGGUUGUGCUUAAUCUGAUAUCAUUUUCUACAAAUACUAUGAAUUGAAUGAUAUUCUUGGUGAUAUUCAUCUGAAAUUUGAUAAAGUGGUCUUUGAAAAAAUUUCAAUCUAUUAGAUUAUCACAAAAGAAAAUCAAAUUGAAAUCAUGUUUAUUAUUUUUCUUAAACACCAUCUAGCUUAUUUAAUGAAACUAACAUUUAAUUAAAAUAAUUUAGAUCAAUUGAAAUUAGUCUAAUAUGGAAUGAUACGAUACAAUUGUGAAGCUAUAUUUGAGAAGUUACUCUUUAUUGAUAAUAAUUAUGUUGUUGCAGCUUUUGAAAUUGAAGAAGAUAAAUUUGUGAAUGUAUUUGAUAUAAGCUUUUUAUCAAAAUCUAAAACUAUAGACAGUAUUUAAAAGUUGAGAAAUAAUAAUUAUACCCAAAUUGAAAGGUACAAUACAUCACAUUUUGUACUUGUUGAGAUAAUACGACAAUCUUAUCAUUAAGUUCAUUUAGUUAGGAUUGAUAAGUUAGUACUUGAAUGUUAAGAAUCAUAUUAUGGAACUGCAUAUUUAAGGUUGAGUAAUUAAGUAUCACAACUUUUAAUUGAAAUUAAUUUUUCACCUGAACAAAGUAAUAAAAAGGUUUGUUUAAUACUUAUAAUUCUCGUUACUAACUUUAUUUCUCUCUUGAUUAGAUUAUGGUUCGACAAAAGGAUAAAAAGUAGAUGA